CGCGCAUCACGUGUGUGACUUCUCCCUCCCUCCAUUUCUGCACAUCUUCAUAGAACAUAUCACCCUUAUAUAUACAAUUUGAAAAGCAAUAUAAUCCCCCUCUGCACGUUAGACUAACCAUUUGGAAGUACUCUCCUGUGGUUACUCCAGCACCUAAGUGUACACAGUAAAGUAGCAGCGGCGAACGCAUGUGUGUGCACCUGUCGGUGUAAUCCCCCCCAAAAAAACCCACAACUACAAUUAUAACCUCACCCAUAAUGUUCAGAAGCAUUAUCCCAACCACGGUUGGUCUGAACAAUUCCAAGUACGUCCACGCGAACAUCGAUGAGGAAUACGACUUGUUCGGAUCAAACGACAGCGAGGUGAAGGAAAGAAACAAAAAAGAUGAAGAAGCGACGUCGCCAAAACAUGUUAUAAGUGCAUCCAACGCGUACAACAUAAAAAUUAGCCACCUGGAGGAGUGCAAAACGCCGGAAGAACUAGCACUGAAAAUAUUAAAAUCGCAAAAUUUCCAAAAUAAAAGAAAAUACACAAAUGAAAAUCAUCUGCUGUAUGAAAAGAAAAAAAAAAAAAAUGCACACGUGGAGAGUGAAGCUAUGUACUCUAAAAAUGGAUGUCCCCAUGGGAGAUAUUCCUCCUCAUCAUCAUUGGGGAGACGAACUACGCAGAGCUGCAAUUUUGAGAGCUUCAAUUUUUUGGGGGGCCCCCCUGAUGGUUAUAUGUACAAUGGGGGGAGUUACUCCUCUGAGAGAGGACUGAAUAGGGACGCUCUUCCACCCAGGAACUCUUCCAACUUCCACGGCUUUGUGGGCAACCCUAACCGGUUAAGCGGCACGUAUAAGAACCAGCAAAGGGGGUCCUCCAACAGCCACUGGUGCCACAACAGAUGCGAAGAAAUGACGAGUGAACCUGCCAUCCAAAGCAGUUACAAUCACAUCGACCAAAGGGUAAUAAACGAAAUGGACAAAAUGAAGUUAGCUUGUAAGUACCAGUUUAGCAGCUUGAAGAGGUUCGAUAGAAUUGGGAUACCCCCCGGUAGGAGCAACCUCUUUGGUGACCCCCCCCGCGGGGGGUCAAGCGGGAUGGGAGGAUCCUACCAGGGAGGAGCUAGCAUGGAAGGAGCUUACACAGGAGGAGCUUACCCGGAGGGAGCUCAUGCGAACGCCAUUGACGUGGAGGAGGUCUAUGACCACCUGUCCAGUUGUAACCCUCCAAAAGUAGAGCCGACUGAUGAGGAACGUAUGAAGAAGCUCCCACCCGAUGACGCAACAUUGCAGGAUAUCUCGCAACCACUACUCACCAAGGAUGCAGAAGGAAAGGGAAAUCACCCGUAUGAGGACCCCCCAGAUGGUGAAACCCACCAUUUCAAAUGCGAAGGCGAUAAAGAGAAUAACCCAGUUAAAGUAUUAGCAAACGAAAAGGAAGGGGAUGAAAAUGGGGAUCCAUCACAGGGGGGGAACCCCAUUACAGAUAUGCCUAACCAGAAGAGCGUACCAAACGAAGCGGGAGAAAUAAGCCCGUGGAGGGAACCCACCCAGGAGGAGACCGCAGAAAGUGCAGAUAAGGCGGGCCAAGUGGAUGAAAUGCAGAUAAAGGAGGUGGAGGCGGGUGCAGAGGCAGACGUAGAAACGGACGCCGAAGCAGACGUAGAAACAGACGCAGACGUAGACGCAGCCGCGGAGGGGGAAUCGCCCCCACUAGGGGAGCCAAACGAUAGCGCCAACAGGUGCAUCCAAAACGACUUGGAGCAAAACAACCAAAUGGUGAUGCCCCCCAAUUGUGACGCUUCUGCCCAGACCAGAGAGAAUAACAGAAGGUGGGCCCAGCUGGAACAACACAUGGACUCCUUCCUAAGCAUCAACCCGAGCGACUUAAAUAAAAAUAAAAAGAUGAAACGAAUAGUAGCCUGUCUAGAGGGAUGCCUCAAAAAUGAUAAGCACAUGGCCUACGAUGAAGGAGGAAAAGUCGAAAUCGUGUUGGAAAAAAUUUUUGCAAAUGUGAAGGAAUUUCUCAGUAAGGAGAUCUGCUACAGGAGAGGACAAAAAAGAGACACGGCGUCUUCUGAUGAAGGGGAAAGGAAAGGAGAAGGCAUACCUGCCCAGGGGAGUGGCACCCUCAGCAACGUGGAGGACGAACGGGAUGAGGCUUCCCAAAGCGGAAGCGACACCCACGGGAACGCUGAUGAGGCGGUCCGCGCGAGAAGUAGAAGCAAGGGUGGCAGUAAGGGUGGCAGUAAGGGCGGCACGAAAAAUGCCCCACAUAACGGCGGGAAACAUCGCGCCGCGAAACAGCGCCCCGCGAAAAACGCGCGAAGUGCGAAGCAGCCAAACGAAGCAGUCAUGAGCGACCUCAUAUACGGGCACUACAACAUCCUGCUGUACCUGCUUCUGCUCAAUUUCGAGUGCUUCAAAAAAUACGUAGACACAGAGGAGCUAAACGAACAGGUCCUAAUCAACCUCAAGAUGAAUUUUAAAAAUGUUAUCCUGAAGCUCUGCCACUGCGAAAUAAAAAAUAGAGUCAUUCAGUUUUACCACGUGCAUGAGACCUACCUAGUGCAGCUAAACUGCGUCUAUGAAAAGUGCCUCCUUUACAUUUCAAACCUUUACAUAUACAUAGAGGAGUACGAUUCAGUGCUGGUUAACCUCCUUGACCUAUGCACCCUGACGCUCCAAACGAAUUACAACGUGCAGAACUUGAUCGUGAAUUCCUCCAAUUUGUUGCUAAGACUUUUUAAAAACAAAAAUCGAAAAAAAAUGAAGAAAUAUGUCUUGGACGACAUCCUCUCCAACAUAAGCAACGUCAAUUUUAGGUACAACAAAAUGAACUUCCGAAAUAGCCAUGUGAACUCUACGUACAUACACCUGACUACCUUCCUGCUUAUUAAAAUUGCAGAUUCUUUUGCUCACUAUGAGGGUGACUUGAAGAGGAAGUAUUUUCUGGACCUCCAGCGGGGGGGGGCAAGCCGGGGCACAUCGGCUGCGAGGAGGCUCCGCGACGACUCCGACGGUGAGGCGGACAGCGGUGAUGAUGAUGAAGAGUACUAUGUGGGGAGGCGCCCCAAGGAAGCGCGCAACGGAGGCAGACGCGAUAGAAGCAGACGAAACGGAGGCAAACGCGACGGAAGCAGACGCAACGAUGGGAGCCGCCACAAUGCUGCUAACACAGCUAACGCUGCUAACGCGCGAGGAGGGGAGGACGCGGGGCUGUCUGACCUUUCGCGCAGCCUAAGCAUCUUCACGAGCGAGGAAGAAGGCAGCAGCGCCUGCAGCGGGGAACCCCCAAAAGAGAGCGACACAAAGGGGGGAAAAAAUAAAAGAGCCACUGGUAGAGACCCCCCCAGGCAGUACCAAAUGAACGCAAAAAAGGGGAAGCCAAAAUACUCGUUAAGGAAGAAAAAAGCAACAAAGGGUGAUCCCCACGAUUGUGGCCUUUCGAGUAGCACACAUGAAUGCGAAUCGGACGAGAAAAGCGAAAAAAGGAGAGCAGCAAAUGCUAGUGGUAAAAAAAAAAAAAAAAAAAAAAAAAACAUUUUGACAAUGCAAAAAAAGGGAAACACAAAUGGUGUGAAAAACAACGGAGAGAAGAAAACCAACCAGGUAGGGAGCACCCCCUCAGGGAGGGAAGAAGACCCCUCGGAGGAAUCCCUGAACCAGUACAUGAUGAGGAAGAACUUCAAGAGGCUAAACAGUGUAGUCAAUUAUAUACUAAUAGAGAUUAUCCAAAAAACUCUCUACGGGGACAACAGAAAUGCGAAAACCAUUUUGCAGUCCCUCAUUUUGGACCUAAUAAAAUGUUGCGACAAUCCCCUGUUCAGCAUAAGUACUCUGUUUGUGAAAAAUUCUAUUCACAUUUUUUUUGAUGUCAUUAACAAAAGACAUGAAGGAAAUGUAAAGGAGACCUGCCUCUUCAUAUUAAGGUACAUUUUUACCUACACAUUUAAUAUUUACAAUUAUGUGAAUGACGCCUGCUUCCCCUUGUUGCACAAUUUGAAUCGGGAGCUCUGCCAGAAUAAGUUCAUCAAGCCGCUCUUCCAGAUGGACGGUUUUAAGGAAGCCAAGGAGGGGCUCUCUAGCCCCGCUUGCAUCACGGGGGGGGGGAAAAAAAAAAACGCAAAGGGGAAGAAAGGAACGAAGAAGGAGAUCGCCCAGGAAGCGGCAAAAAAGGAGGUACUUCGCACAAAUGGAGGAGAAAGUCUCCCCGGAGAAAUGACGAAACUGCUCAGGUGCUGCGACGAGGUGGAAAAAAGCGAUCAAUUGCUCCGUUGCCAGCAGUGUGAAUCGUUCUACCACAAGAUGUGCAUUUACAAAGAUGCGCGGAAGGUGAGCGCGCAGAGGGACAUUCCCCAGGAGGGUACCAACUGGGGGGAGAGCAGCCUUCGCCAAACAGGAGGAGAUAACCAAAGAAGCGGCGGGAAAAAGGACAGUCAGUGGAGUGGAGAUAAAAAAGACUGCCAACGGAGCGGCAAUAAAAGAAGCAGCCAACGGGAAAACCUCGAUGAGGAUACCGCAAAACGUGUGGAGAACCUUUUGCACCCCGCCAACGUAGCAGAGUACUACUGCGACAACUGCAAAGUGAGGAACAUAAUCAAAGGCAUUAUCAUCAGAGAGGCGCAAAGGAACAACACCUUCUUGAAUAGCAAAUUUAGGAGGAAGAAGGAAAAGAACAAGGGCUUCUACUGUUUUGAAAAAUUUGUGAACAAACUGAAAGCCUUCGUCGUGUAUUACUACUACCUGGUGGUGCACCUCAAAUGUGACAGGGCAAGUGAAGGCACGGACAGGAACUGCAACCAUGUGUACUCCUACAUACUCAUCCUGUAUAAUGACUUUUUGUGCGCGGAUGGGGACGCGGAUGGGGAUGCGGAGGGGACUGCGAAGUGGGCCACGGGGGAGGAGGAGAAGGGGAAGCAGAAGAAGAAGAAGAAGAAGAAGAAAAAGGAGAAGGAGAAGGGACUACCUCCUAUGAAGGUUGCCACUUCCCAGAAGAGUGCCGCUCCCCUGAAGAGUGCCGCCCCCCAGAAGGACUCCACCCGCGUGAGCAAAUUCGCCCAGAUGCUCUGCCACGAAUACCGAAACGCAGACAGGAAGGACGACGAGGCCCUGGCCAAGUGCACCGGCGCACACAACUUUGACAUUUACAUCCACACCGUGUGGAGGAUCCACCUCUACUUUUCCUUUUACGAGUAUUUCUUCGUAGCCCUCAACCAGCUCUUCUACAUCCUCUACGAAAACGGAAACAAAAACCUCAGGUAUUACAGCAUCUCCAUAAUCAGCAACAUUAUAAGUGACAACUACCUGUAUUUGAAGUGCAGGCACACGCAAAACAUUUUGAUGUCUUGCUUGACGGAUAACUACCUAAAGGUGAGAGAGUACACGCUGUAUAUCUAUUACAACUUCUGCAAGACUUUUCUGGACGUAGAAAAGCUGUCCGAUUGGUGCCAACUUAUCGGUGGAACGACCCACCCUCCGCUCAGUAGUACCCACACGAAGGCCGCCGAAGCGAAGGCUGCCGAAGCGAAGGUUGCCGAAGCGAGGGACAGCCCCUCGAAUGAGGCGAAAAAGGAGGAGAUAAAUGCCCUCGACGGGAAGAAAAGACGCAACCAUUACCAGCGCAAUCAGCCCGUCGACCUGAACCAGUACAUCACAAACGAGGUUGUAGAGUCCAUUAGGCGGUGCUCCAAGGACAUCAAAAUUAGCAUCCGAAUUGUCAGCGUGAAGAUUUUAAAAUACCUCGUCUAUUUUAACGUGUACGCGAGGAGGUACCCCCGGGGAGGGGCGCAGGCAGGGGGGGGAGACGACGACGGGGAGGAGCGCCACGCAGAUGAGGACCGCCGCCUCACUAGCCAAUCGGACUGCCAACCGGACUGCAUCCGAGACAACCUCUCCAUCGUGAACGACCUGAUCGAGCGGUACGUGUCCACCUUCGACAACGAAACGAUGAAGAGCGCCGUCCUCGAAACGUUCAUCGACAUUUUUUUCAUCAACAUCUUCACGCAAGCGAAGCGGAGGAUGGCGAGAAGGGAAGGCACCCCAGAAGUAGACCCCUACCAGAAGGGACAUUCCUAUCGGGACUACCCAAACGCGCCUCACGAUGGAGGAUACGAAUCGGAAGAAAGCCAAUCAGUGACCAUCGAACAGGAUUCCACGGUGCACAUAAGGAUUGAAAAAAAUAUGUACACCCUAUUCAUUCAUCUGCUCUACGUGAUGAAGAACAAACACAACAUAAACAUCGUCAGCAAGAUGCUCUCCCACAUGGAGAAGAACGUGAGGGGGUAUGACGAGAGGUUGGGCUCGGUUAUGCGCUUUCUGGGCGAACACGAUAAAGCGGGGACACUCGCUGGGGGUCGUCCCCACGGCGGGGGCAAUAGCGGCGUUAUUAGCGGCGUUAUUAGCGGCGUUGUUAGCGGCGGUACCUCGGGCAACUUCAAACCCACGGCAAAGAGCGCCCACAAACGUGGCUCCUGCGCGGGAAAGGGCCGAACCGCGAACCACCCGAUGGACGAGCGCGACGGAGAGGACCCCACCGAAGACGAACCCACCGACGACGCAGAAGGGACACACGGACAAACCAAAGAACAAAGCAACCUGCUCAAAAUUAAAAACAGCAUAUAUAACAUAUACCUGAGCAACUCCUACAAGUACUUGGAAAUCUUGACGAAAAAAAGAGUGCAAUAUGUGCUGCAAAUCUGGAUUCACAAUUUAAUUUGUCUCUUCAUUAGCAGCAGGAGGAAUAGCUCCCUCGAAAAGGAAACGAAAAAAAUUAUAAACAUAUUUAACAUUAUCAUCGAAAUUAUGCCCAGCUUAUUUAUCAAAUAUAUGGAUUUUUUCUACCCUUACAUAUACAACAAUGAUGUGUCGAAGGAUGUGUGCGAGUUGCUCUCAUCGAUUAUCCCCCACUGUAAAAUGGACCUCAAUUUGAAGUUCCAGUUUAAGAGGGUGCACUUCAAUAACUCCCUGCUCUACCAUCAAAACAUUUUCAUCUCGAGGUCCUACGUCCAGCUGCUCUGCACACUACACACGUAUAUCUUUUCCGAUUUUUUCUAUUUUAAAACGUAUAUCCAAGAGUGCCUUAUGAAGCUACACAAAUACAAGUUAUGCUUCCUAAUAAACAAUUACGUGGUGCAGCUGAACGAUUUUGUGCGUGAUUUUCAGUUCAUGACGCAGGAGGAGAAGCAGCGCAUUCGGGGGGACCUCUUCCAGGCGUACACUCAAACGGUAGAGGUUAACGGAGGAGAGGAGGGAGACCCCCAAAAGGGAGAAAACCACCCAGACCACUUCUUCACCUACAAUCUGAUCGAUAUGCCUUACGAACAAUUUGUCAAUCACCUAGACCAGUACAAGAAGCAUCUCUUCGACCUCUUCUGCGUGACGCACACCGAUGUGCUAAAUUUGGACAAAAGCGCGUGGCUCAUUUCUGUGGUGAUGGAGUUCAUCAACAUUAACAAAAUUGUGGUGAACGAUGUGUACGGCGAGGGGGUGGACCCCCACACGCACGCCGGGGUUGGGGAGGUAAAGGGGGGAGAAGUAACGCGUGGCAGCGGAGCGGAGGCAAAACGUGGAGAAGUAAAGGGCAAAGGCAGGAUGAAACCCGCUAGUGCGACCCACGCGAGCGAAUCAAAUCGAGGCACGCGAAGGAAAGCUAAACCAGAUGAGCAAAAGCCGGAUGCUGCUGAUGAUGCUGCUGCUGAUGCUGCUGCUGAUGCUGCUGCUGAUGCUGCUGAUGCUGCUGCUGCUGAUGCUGCUGAUGCUGCUGCUGCUGAUGGUGACACCCAAACGAAUGGCGUAAAAUACAUCAAGCUGUCCGAAAUCGCAAACCGCGUGCAGAUAUACAGCCAGGGAAUUCUCUACUUUGAGUUCAUGCUCAAUAAGGAGGUCGAUUACAUUAACAAGUGGAAGACGCUCCAACUGAAAAAUGAAAUCAUUACAGAAAUUAUUCAAAAAAAAAUCAACACCAAGAAGAUAGAAAAGUUUGUCCAUCUAUGCAACUAUAAAUUUUAUGACAUCUCUUCAAUUGUUGUCAAUCUGAUUGUAGAUUUGUUCUACAUUUCGAACGAUGUAAAAUACAAAUGCUUUUUCCUCCUAUGCUUAAGCAAAAUACUCUCCAAUUUUUACAACUCCCAUUUUGUUAACGACUUGAAAUUGAGGAAUGUUUUUUUUUAUUGCAUCAAUUCGUUCAACCCAGUUUUGCAGAAGAAUUUUCUCUACACGUUGCUUCACCUCAUUAAGACGUACGAGCAGUUUCUUAACAACAAGGAUAACCUGCUCCUCGCGCAAAGUGCUAAGAGGAGGAAAUGCGAAAGUGCACUCCAGGGCGGCAGAGUCAGCAUGGCUUCGGCCCCCACGGAACAACAACUUAGAAAUGUGAAGAAGGGCAAAGUAACCACCACCAGGGGGGGAAACCCUAAUCAGAGGAACUGCCCAAAGGGGGACAGCAAAAACAUCCACUCUAUUGGCAGAAACAGCGCAAUGGGUAACUGCCACCGGGGAGAACCUACAAAUGGGGGGGAAAACCUCCACGCGGAUAUGCCCCAAGAGGGGGAUAUAACCCGAAGGGAAGACCACCAAAUAUUCCAUUGUGACUCCCCCAAUAUGAGUAGUCAUGACGAACCAGGAAAGGGCAACCACCAGAGGGAGAGAAUCAAACGGGAGGCAACCCUGGGGGAGGAAGACACAGACGAACCGCACAAAGGGAGUCGCUCAAAAGGGGAAAAGGAGCAACUGAAAGGUGACAACUCGGGUUUGUGCGAACAAAAUGAUGCGCUACUGAUGAGGGGUGAACAACUCGCGGGGGGUCCCAACUUGGGUAGCCACAACUUGGGAAGCCCCAACUGGGGGAGCCCAAACCCGAGUACCCCCACGAAUGGACCCAAUAACGACAUCAUUCACGUCCUCCUGGUGGCCUCCCUAUUUGCCCAAAAAAUUAUCAACCUGCUCAGCGUGAACCGCUUCAUAUACGCAGACUGCUCCACAGAAGAACUGCACUUGAUUAAAAAUUUAGGAAUUCAAAUUUUGGGCAAUCUCUACAAGGAGGGGUUCAUCCAAGGGGCGAAAAUCUGCCCCAGCAUCUUCUGCCUCUGUUUCUCUCCAGAUAUGAAGCUAAAAUGUAGAAGUGAAAAAAUUAUCAACUGCAUUUUGGAGAAAGACAGUUACAACUUUGUGAACGGCCUGGCGGAGUGCCUCCAGCAUAUGCUCUUCUACCUGAUUGAAAAUCACUACAUGUUUAGUAAUUUUGAGAGUGGCGGCCCAAACGAGCAGAGAACCAACCAAAUGAGUGACGCUGACACACUCCUGUUUAAGAAGAUGGAGCAGCCCUUUUUCCAGUGCCUCCUAGACAUCUACGACCGUCUGGGAAGUAAAAAUCUAAAAAUGAAAUACGUCAAGACGGUACUGAAAGAAAUCGAAAACGCCUGCCACUUAGUGCUGUAUGAUAAGGUUCGAAGCUUCAUACGGGAUGUGGGUGCCAAGUAUAGCGGUUCCACUGGGGGGGCAACACAUGGAGAGGGUACCAGUGGAGACUACUCCAGGAGAGAUGGCUACAAUGUGAAUAUCUCCGUUCGCAUUCCCCAAGUGAAGGACAUCUACUCGCUCAUCCUGAGGAAGUACAUGCCGCAAAGCGGGUCGAGUGCCCAGAGCGACGAUCCGAGGGACAGUGGCUCUGAUUCGUCUGCCCCGAAGAGGGACAAACGGGCGGGAAGCGGAGCAACCAACGGAGAGAACCACGUCCAACUGGAGGAGAAGAAGCCGCCCAAGUAUAGCGGCAAGCCAAAUAGCAAAAGGAUGAACAAGGAAGACGAAACAUCCAGUUGCUCCCACUCCAAAUCGAGCGAAAAAAUCAUCGAUGAUGACAUUUCCGACGUAGGAACCAACUCAGAACAGAAUAGCAACGAAAAAGACGUAAUCGAAAAAAUAAAAAAAAAAUACCACCUUAUGCACCACCAGAUGAACGCAGACGAAUUCACCCAUAUUAAUUACUUCCUUUUUUUAUAUAUUCAAAUUUUGAUAUACCUCCUCUCCUUCCUAAAUUUCACCACGUAUAACGAAAUGGCACUGCUAAUCCAUGACAUUAACAAAGUGUAUUAUAUCAUUUCGUCCACUCUUAACAUCAGCUCGGAGGUGGACAGCCCCAAGUGCAACCACAGCUACUUGCACUCCAUCGAUGAACGUAUGCAGGAGCUCUCCCACGAAGAUGAAAUGAACAACGAACGGGAAAGCGAACACUCCUCCAGGGUUAAUUUGAACCUUUGCAAAAUCAAGUGCUUCGCCAUGGUGCUGCUGAACAGUUUGACGAACCAGUUGGUGCGGCAUUACCAGGUGGACACCUCCAGACUGAACGAGCUGAUCGAAGAGGACCACGCAAAGGAAAACAAAAUCGAGGAGGAACUCAGAGAAGAAAAAAAAAACGUCUUCAAUUAUUUCGAGUACAUCUACCAGUGCAUCGAAAUCUUUGUGGAAGACAACGCCGUCGUCAUGGAAAAACACGCUAGACACAAUUUAAAAAUGCACAACUUGGGCACGCACAAUUUGAAUAGUGACUACAUAAAUGGGCUUAUGAAUGAUGGAAAAAACAAAAAAUUCGCGCAGAAGAAAAAACAGAGGGAAGUCUCAAGGCAAAGGAGAUUGACCCUGAAGAAAAAUUCCUAG